GAAAAAUCUGCCCCGAUCCAAUCCUCUGAUCGAAGGUGCUGUGACGAAUCCGCAGGGAAAGUCAAAAGCUUGCAGAUCGCGCACCGGCUGGCCAGGGUUAACGUUAACUCGACUGCCGCCCGGCUGGACACCACUGCCAUUUGCGAAUUUGAACUUGAACGCACAGGGCCUCGGACCAGCGUUUGGGAAUCGAAAGAUCAGCUUUACCACCCAAACAGAUUGCAAAAGUACAUGUUGACAGUACCCGAUCGAGCAAUGGACCACCCAUGGAUCGUGACACAGGCCCGGAACACCACCGACUUCGACAACCCGGCCAUGAUGCAGCAGCCCGACGACAUGAAGCGCCAACUCAUGAGCAACUGCAGCCCGACCAUUAAUCUGGCCAACACCACGUCGACCAUCGCGACGACCCCGUUACUGCCGUCCAUCGGCAGCAUCAGUCCUGCUAACACCACGACAACGUCCCGGUUCCCGGUGGUCGGUAGCAGCAGCCUUCUGAAUCCGCUCAAGCUCGAGUACUGCAAGUUCCAGGGAUGCGCUAACUUUGGCAAGAUGCAGGGAUACUGCCAUGAUCACAUCCACGGCCGACCGGCUCCGCAGUUCCCGUCCCCGAACCAGACGCCGUUCGUCCAGACCACCACCAACCCGCUUCCGAGCCUCGUGCUACCGUCUCCAGCCGCGCAGCCUCAGUAUCUGCCAGCAUUGAGGACGGUGGUGCCCACCCGUGCCCGUGACCGCCAGUCGGUGUCUGUCUCGGCUUAUCCGAGCUACGACUCGACCGUCCAGCCCGGCAGCCCCUUGUACACUACCACAGCAGUGACCUACACUGCACGGUCUCCGAUCUUUACCGACAACACAAUGUUCCUGUCGGCAUCGGUGGGCAACAAGCCCCGCGUUCUAGCUAGCCCCACGCCGUCCACCGGUAGCACCGGCAGCUCGAAACCAGUAGCCAAGUGCCGUCGCGACGGGUGUGUCAACGACGCCAGACGCAAAGGUCUUUGCAUGGAGCACGGCGGACGCCACUUCUGCAAGAUGCCGGGUUGCCACAAGUGCGCACACCGUGGCGGCUUCUGCAUCUCGCACGGCGGCGGCCGUCGCUGUGCGGUGGCUAACUGCACUAAAAGUGCUCAGUCCGGAGGCAUCUGCUACUCACACGGAGGCGGCAAACGUUGCGCGACCGAGGGCUGCACUCACGCAGCUCGUAGCGGCGGCUAUUGCAUCAAGCACGGCAAACAGCAGCGAGCGCUUCAACAACAGAGCUAAACGGACACAGUAUAACAAGUGCGUAGACACCAUGUAGAUAGGAUGUAUGAAGAUGGUAUGAUAUGAGGCGUAAAUGUCCACACGAUGUCGCAGUAGAUGGAAAUGAAGGGCCGCGUAAGCCCCUGGAAACAAUACACUGUAUCACUAGCAAUCCUCG